CUUCUUUCAGUGCCGAACUUGGACUCAAAGCAGGAUAUCUCUUUUUAAUCCCUCACAUGAACAAUGCUCUUCAGCCUGAUGUGUUUGGCACUGCUGCCCCUGUGGUGUUGUCUCUGUGCAUCAACAGCCAGCGUCUCUUACCCGAAAACGCUGCCAUGUGAUGUUGACGAGGCCAACAAUGGCAGCAUGGUGAAAGUGGACUGCACCGAGAGGGGCCUCAAAGAAAUCCCCCCGGGCAUUCCCAGGGACACCACCAACCUGACGCUUACCAUCAACCACAUUCCAAACUUAAACUCCUCCUCCUUCCAUGGUCUGGUGAACUUGACUGAGAUUGACAUGAGGUGCAACUGUGUGCCCAUCAAAAUUGGCCCCAAAGACAGAGUGUGUACCGAGAGUUUGACGAUAAAGGAAGACACCUUCACUAGUAUGAGGAGCCUGCGUGCGUUGUAUCUAGAUGGCAAUCAGCUCUCCAGUAUACCCAAAGGUCUGCCGCCAAAUCUGAUCCUGUUGAGUUUGGAAGUGAAUCACAUUUAUUAUAUUUCCAAAGCAAACUUCUCUGAGCUCAGGAACGUUCAGAUGCUUUUUCUUGGUCAGAACUGCUAUUUUCGUAACCCCUGUAAUGUGUCAUACAAUAUAGAGAACGGUUCGUUUUCCGAGCUUCACAAUUUAACAUUGUUAUCCCUGAAAUCAAAUAAUUUAUCUGAUAUUCCUUAUGAUCUACCCACAAGUCUGAAAGAGUUGUAUCUCUACAACAAUAAUAUUCAAAAAGUCACUCAUGAGGAUUUUAAAAACUUAACAAACCUUGAGAUUCUAGAUAUCAGUGGUAACUGUCCUCGAUGUUACAAUGCCCCCUUCCCUUGUCAACCGUGCCCAAAUAAUUCCCCGCUACAAAUCAGCAAAACUGCAUUUCAAAUGUUGACAAAACUUAAGACGCUCCGCUUGCACAGCAACUCCCUGACCCAUGUGCCAUCUGAGUGGUUUGCCACCACAACAGGACUGAGAGUGCUUGACCUCUCGUCAAACUUUUUAGCAAGAGAGAUAGGACACUCUUGUUUCCCAAAAUUCCUGGGAAAUCUGGAAGAACUGGACCUUUCGUUUAACUAUGAGCUUCAGCACUAUCCUCAGACACUGAGACUGACUGGCAGUUUCUCCUCCCUCAAAUCCCUCAAGAUUCUCAGACUAAAGGGUUUUGUGUUUCAACAGCUAAAGGCAGACAGUAUUGCUCCUUUAAAAGAUCUGGCAAACCUGGAGGUUGUAGAUUUUGGAACAAACUUCAUUAAAAUGACAAACUUCAGCAUUCUGAUGGAAUUAAAAAGCUUUAAAAUAAUCAACUUGUCUGACAACAAAAUAUCUUCCCCCUCUGAUGGCCAAGAUCCUGUUGGCUUCGCUGGAGGAGAGCCCUUGCACUGGUCUCCAAUGUCAGCUGCCGCUCAGUAUCAGAGUAAUGAAGUGAGAGAGAUUCAUUACUUCAGAUAUGAUGAAUAUGCUCGCAGCUGCAAACAUAAAGACAAAGAAGUAGGAGUUGUUGCAUACUUUGUCAAAAGAGAAUGUAGUCAGUUUGGCAAAACCCUGGAUGUGAGUAGAAACAACAUUUUCUUCUUGCAUUCAAGAUUUUUAAACCUCGGAGAGCUGAGGUGUCUCAAUCUGUCUGGAAAUGCAAUGAGCCAAAGUCUGAAUGGCUCUGAAUUCACCCAUCUGACUAAUUUACAAUAUCUUGACUUCUCACUGAAUCGCCUUGACCUGCUCUACUCCACUGCAUUCCAAGAGCUAAAAAGUCUGGUUGUCCUGGAUAUAAGUAGCAACAACCAUUAUUUUGAAUCUGAGGGCUUGACUCACAUGCUUAAUUUCACUAAAAACUUAAAGAAUCUCAAAAUAUUGCUGAUGAAUCACAAUAAGAUCUCUACUUCUACAAACACAGAGCUGGAGAGCGAGUCUCUUGAGAGGUUAGAGUUCAGAGAUAACCGGUUAGAUAUGUUGUGGAGGGACGGGGACACCAGGUACUUAAAUUAUUUCAAGAAAUUACUCAACCUGAAUGUCCUUGACAUAUCUAGUAACAACCUCAAUUUCAUUCCAGUCCAAGUUUACAGCAGUCUACCAGACAAGCUUUCGGAGCUCUAUAUCAAAAACAACAAAUUAAAAUCCUUUGCCUGGGAGAAACUGCAACUUCUACAUUCUUUGCAAGUCUUAGAUCUUAGUGGAAACCAUUUAGAUCAUGUUCCAGCACUGUCUAACUGCACCAAAUAUCUCAAGAAACUAAUUUUACAUAAAAACCAAAUUUUUAAACUGGUGCCAGAUUUCCUUAAAGAUGCUUCAAACUUGAAAUAUCUGGAUCUCAGUUCUAAUCACAUACAACACAUUGAAAUGUCGAGCUUUCCGGAUGAUGUUGUUAAUGAGAUGGACAUGCUGCUUCUGCAUGACAAUAGAUUCUUAUGCACUUGCAAUGCCUCUUGGUUUGUAACAUGGCUCAAUAGGACCACAGUAACCAUCCCUAGACUUGCCACAGAUGUGACCUGUGCCGCACCAGGAUCGCAAAGUGGUAAAGCAGUAAUCUCAGUGGACCUGCUGGCCUGCCAGCACAACUACUUGUCGAUCAUUCUCUACACUCUCAUGACUUCACUCAUCCUCAGCAUCCUCACCCUGUCCAUUGCUAGCCAUCUUUUCCUGUGGGACGUCUGGUACAUUUACCAUUUUUGCAGGGCCAAGGUCAAAGGCUAUGGCCGCCUGUACUCCCAGAGCACUGUCUAUGAUGCCUUCAUCAUGUAUGAUAAGGAGGAUCCUGCCGUGUCAGAAUGGGUGAUGACGGAAAUGUGCGUCCAUCUGGAGGACCGCGGAGACCAUUGCCUUUCACUGUGUUUGGAGGAGCGGGACUGGCUGCCAGGAUGCCCCCUGAUCGACAACCUCUCUCAGAGCAUCCAGAGGAGCAAAAGGACCGUGUUCAUUCUCACUAACAAAUACAUCAAAAGCGGCAACUUCAAGACAGCUUUCUACAUGGCCCACCAAAGGCUGAUGGAUGAAAAAGAUGACGUCAUCGUACUGAUCUUCCUUCAGAAAGUACCCUGCAAUUCAAAGUACCUGAGGCUGCGGAAGAGACUGUUCAAGAGCUCUGUGCUGGAGUGGCCAACCAACCCUCAGGCCCAACCGUACUUCUGGUUUAGCCUGAGAAGUGUUUUAGCAACUGAAAGUCACAAACAAUACAACAACCUCUUCAAAGAGACACUGUAAAUACCAAAAUGCACUGUAAUUCUUCAAUAAUUUAUAUGUGUACUUUCUGUGUAUGAAUUACAACAUAUGAAAAU